CCGGUUGGCAGGAUCUCACAUUGUUUACUCGAUCAGCUGUUUUCAUCUUCCGUACUGCGAUUUACACACUGGAAUAACUUGUCGCUAGUGGGCUUGUGGACACCACCAUUUAAAAUGAUCCCUUAGGAAGUUCACGAAGUGCCUCCCAAGAAAUAUCUAAGAUGGCUAAAGUAGAGAGAGAUAGGGGUGUGCAUUCUAAGAAUGGUAGUGCUGUCAAAGAAAGUGUAUCUUCUGAAGAAGAAGCACAACCGGCACCACCUGAUGGUGGGUGGGGCUGGGUGGUUACCUUUUCCUCCUUCAUGAUCAGUUUUCUCGUCGACGGAGUUUGUUUUACAUUUGGACUCUUAUUCACAGAAUUACACGAGUAUUUUGGCGAGAGUAAAGGGAAAACUUCUCUCCUAGGUUCCGUAUUGAAUGGGGCCUACCUUUCUUUAGGGCCUAUUGUGGCGGCUUUCUGUAACCGGUUUGGGUGUCGCCGAGUAGCCGUCGCAGGGGGUAUCAUGGCUUUCCUGGGAUUGUUUUUGUCCUCUUUUUCUCCAAAUUUAGAUGUCAUGAUUUUCUUGUAUGGAUUUGUUGGAGGAGCGGGAUUUGGCUUUAUGUACCUGCCGUCCAUUGUUAUGGUCGGGUAUUACUUUGAGAAGAGAAGAGCUUUCGCCACAGGUAUUGCUGUAUGUGGGAGCGGAAUCGGGGGUUUCGUCUUUGCACCUAUAACCAGCUUUCUUCUGGAAAAAUUUUCUUGGCAGGGGACCCUUUGGAUUCUAUCUGCGGUUGUACUCAAUGCUGUGGCAUUUUCUCAAGCAUUCCGACCCCUCUACACCAAAAACAAGGCAAAAAGCAAAUGUUCAAAAAGUAUAGAUUUUAAAGAUACAGAAUUAAAACCAUUUUGUGCAUUGGAUCUCGAACUUUGUGAAAAACAUCCCAUAUAUCGAUGCAAGUCUGUUGAAGUUGUACAUGUUUCCAAUGGUAAAAAUGACACAGUAGCUAGACUUGCUCAGAGCCAAGAUAUAUCUACUCUCAUUGACAAUAAACCUCGUCAUCAGCAUCACCAUUCUGAUACAAGUACGUUAAAACCUUUAUCCAGGAAUGAUAUAUUUUACAGCGGUAGUCUUAAAAACAUUCCUCACAGUGUUAAUAGAACCGGGAAAUAUAAAGUAUCGGUGUCUAGUUUAUCUAAAAACAAAGAAAGUGAUUCCGAAAGUAUGGACGAAGACAACGGAUGUUCCAGAGUUGCCAAAACACUCGCGGCUUCCUUCGAUUUUACACUCCUCAAAAGUCCCACCUUCAUUAUCUAUGGGAUUUCCUGUUUUCUCUGUAUGUUUGGGUUUUUCAUUCCAUUCAACUUUUUGCCAGACCUGGUACACGAUCUGAAUCUUGAAAAAAGCCAGGGAGCCACUCUGAUCGCUAUUAUUGGAGUGAGCAACACAAUUAGCAGAUUAGUGGUGGGUUUUGUCACGGACCAGCCCUGGGCAAACUCCCUCGUCAUCAAUAACCUCGCAUUGGUGAUCGGAGGGGUCACGACCUUUGCUGUGCCAUUUUAUAACAGCUUUCCAAUUCUGAUUGCUUACAGUAUUGUGUUUGGGGCAGCUAUAGCGGCCUUUGUCUCCCUUCGAUCUAUCAUCAUGGUGGAGUUGAUGGGGAUAGAGAGACUGACAAAUGCUUUCGGUCUGGUUGUGCUUUGUCAAGGGUUAUCUUCCUUUAUGGGCUCACCCAUUGCAGGUUCAUUGUCGGAUGAAACGGGUACAUACAACAUUACUUUUUACCUAGCUGGCGUGACUAUGUUUUUGGCGGGAGUAAUUUGUGUGCCACUUCGCAGAGUUGCUCAGUGGGAGGGGCUCCAGACAGAGACAGAAGUUAAUUUUCAAACUAAAGUCGUAGACAAUGAUCCGGAAUGUUCACCAAUGCUUUAUAAAAAAUCUCCAUAAUACCUUUGACAUCGAAGUGACAUUCCAGAAUUUAAACUGAAUACCGUUUUUUACUGUAUCUUUACAAGAAUGUGUUGUGGUUAUUUCUAAUAUUUUUUUUGUAUUUGCUUUUUUUAAAUCUCAAAAGCAGUAUCCAUUUAUUACAGAGGUUAUUGCGGAUGCACAAAAGAAAGAAAUAUUAAUUAUGCAUCGAAAUUUAAGACGAUCUCUUUGAAACUUAUUUUGCUAAUAUUUUUUAUUUGUACCUGUAUUCCCGAAAUAUUUAUAUAUUAUAGAAAGGUUAUGACUUGUAAAUUCAGCGCAUUUUGAAAUA